AGAGAGAGACAGAGCAGGAGAAGGGGAGGGGCAGAGAGAGAGGGAGACACAGCAUCCGAAGCAGGCUCCAGGCUCUGAGAUGUCAAAACAGAGCCCGACAUAGGGCUUGAACCCACAAACCUCGAGAUCAUGACUUGAGCCAAAGUCAGAUGCUUAACCGAGUGAGCGACCCAGGUGCCCCUAAAUAAAUAAACUUUAAAAAACAAUAACAUAAAACCGCAGGAGGAAGGUGAGAUAUAAGCUGGAUCAUGCCGUUUUACCCUUUAUGGCCCUUCUAGCCUGUUCAUAUGAGUUAAUAUCAAUUACCUUAUAUUGUUCCUUAUCUGAUUUGAGUAUGUUGGUCUGGUUUCCACAGAUUUGUAAACUUGGGGACUUCUUUAGUACCCUCUAGAACAGUUUCUAAAGUUCAGAGAAAAAGCUUUAAGACACAUUCCUAGAAAUUUUUCUGAAUCUUUUUGGGGGAAAUAAAAGCAGAUCAUAGUCUCCCCCUAAAGCUAUUUAUUACUUACAGCUUCAUCAAAGUCUAAUGUACAGUCUGUGAUGAAGGAGACAGAAGGUGGUGAGUAUGUAGGAGGGAGAGAAAGACAUUAAUUAACAGAUGGAGGGAAAACCUAGUGCAAAAAACUCAAGCUGAUGUGAGACAAAUGCGUGAAGCUAGAUUUUCCGUAUUGCUUCACUGGAUCCAAAAUACAGAACGAAACCAGCCCAGUUAUAAAAACCAGACCUUAUUUGAAAGAGACCUAAAUGAUACUGUCAGAGUUUAGUUAUUGGCCAAGUGAGACUACCUGAAAAGAAGCAGUAUUCGCUUGUGGCCUGUAAUAAUGUUUUUCCCAUGUUUCAGGAUAGAGAAGGUCUUAUCACCACCAGAACAUUUGCCAAGCGCAUUGACAUCUUGGGAAGUCAUUCUGCUUAUUUUGAGGUCACCUAGUUCCUGAGGGGCGGAAGUUUUUUUUUUUUUCAGGAGAUAUUUCAUUAAUGGUCUAAUGAUAGUAACAGUUGAAUAGCACUAUUUUCUUUUCAAGAACUGAAAAAAAUUUUUUUCAAGUUCUGAUUUGUCUUUGUGGUAACCUGUGAGGUUGGAACAGAAGUAUAUUGAUUAUCUGGAUAGCCACAAUGUCUUUCCUGUAUAUUUGAGACCAAUCAAAGAACUCUGUCCCACUUAUCGCAAAACUGACUGAUUAAUUGACCAAUCCUUCCAAAAAUGUGGAGAUGUUUUAUUUCUGGUAUAUCACAUUCACUUUGCCAGCAAAAUUAUUUUCUUCAGAAACAAUGACUAUUGCAUUUACUUUUAGAUAUGUUUGAUAAACUCAGUGUUUAAGAUAUGCCCCAUAAAACACUGGUCUCUACGUGUGCUGACAAAGAUCAUUAUGAUUUGUAGAGAUUAGAAAUGAAAGUCAAAAGACAAAGUAAUAGAAAAACAGUAAACACAUAAAUCAAAGUAACCCUAAAUGCAAAUGGAAGGAAAUACAAGAUGGCAUAAUGAUAAAACUAUGUAAGGCAAAAGAUUAAGAAAACCCAUUAAAUUUAUGACAAAUAACUAAGAAAGACCAUUUUGAGUUGACAGCUUUCUCCAUAAUUCUACUGCAAUGGUUUCCAAAAUAUUGAGUAAGAUUUUGUAUCUCUGAUUAGCUAAGUACUGGAAACAUGCCCUCUAAUGGGACACAUGUGGAUAUAUGGAAUAAGUACAAAAAUAUUAUGGAAUUUGAGCUUAAUAUAGAUUAAAUAUGUUUUCGUCAUAUCAUAAACCAUGAAAAAUUGUUCUGAUACAGUAUUGUAAUUUCUUCAUCUGUCAUCUCCAGAACUUUGGGAGUUUUGACAUGUGUGAGCAGAAUAUAGUGCAGAGAGAUUUACAUGUCAGGAUCACAGUUUUUGUUUUGCUGACUCUGGAUUGUUUUUCACAGUUCUUGACCCGUGGACUCUAAACAAUGAUAAUAAUAACCAGACAUACCAUGAUAUCAUUACUAAAAUUGGAGUCUGGCCCAGAUUGGAAAACUAAUGGUAAUCAUGAGACGUUGCUUAUUUUGAGUGCCUACUGUAUGCCAAGUGUAAACUUAUUUGCCAUGUAUAAACUUACGGAAUCCUCUCAACGGCCCUAUUAUACAUAUGAAGAAACUGAGACACGGAGAAGUUAAGUAGCUUACUCAAGCUCACACAGUCUGGAAGUGGCAGACCUGGGAUUUGAACCCAGGACUUCUGGCUCCAGAUCCCACACUCUAAACUUCACUGUAAGGCAGUACCUCACACACUGUGGUAUUUUUGCACUACAGUCGGUGAUGUGCCCAAGACCCUUUGCGUUCUUUUCAUGUUAUCUGUCCUAUCUCUUUGGAUUUCUUUUGUUCCUGUUCUGAUGCAGCAACAGAACACUUUUUGAUUCAGAGAAUAUGGUGCCCUUAAUGAAUCAUCAGGAUGUCCAUGGACAUUUUCAGGGACUUUCUGUGGAGAUCUCAGUUUUUAGUUCUGAGUCAGCCUACCAGAAUGAUUUGAUAGUUAUGGCGUAUGACUCCUGCGUACAAUUACAAGAAUGAAAAUCCUCAACCACAUUGCUGGUGGAGAAGAAAUGAACCAACGUUUUUGGAACACGUAGCCUCUGUAAGUAAGAGCAUCUUUGACUUACUGUCUUGUUGGUUUGAAUUUUAGGGAGAUUUAUUAACGUUUGGGGUACUAACAUUGCAUAGGCCAAGAAUAAUGGGAGAGUUUUGAAAUAUGGGAGAUUCAGUGAUUACCUGACAACCAAGAUUCUCAAGGCCAGACUAAACAGUGUUACUGAGGAUACAUAUAAGCUUACUACCCAGGUAAAACAUUUCUUGCGCAAUAAUAAUCUUAUCGCUUUUGCAUAUCAGGUUUUUCCAAGUAAUGCUCAUCAGCAUCAGUUCUUUUAAACUAGAGCAUCCUUAAAGCAUCACACAUGUACAAGGGCAAGAGCAAGAAAGUCCCAUUGUAGAGCCAAGGGGAAAAGAAUGCAUGCGAGUAUUAUAAAACGUAUGAAAUCUUAACUCCGUAGUGGCACAGUUACUUUAAUAGAUUGGAUUAUUCUGAAGACAACCAGUGACCCUCUUCCUUCCAUGUAUUUGAGUCCUAGUAUGUGCCAGAAUUCCCAUUAUGUGCAAAGGACACAGAAAUGAAUAAAACACCUUCCUUGCAUGCAGGGGGCACCCAAAAUACUUCUCUCUUCUCUGCUCAAUCUUUUUCUCUCUCAGUCUUUCAUGAUUGUGCUGCCACAUUGAGAUCUAGUUCAGCUGUUUCAUAACGCCCCCACUCAAGGUUCAAAGUGCUUUGGUGAAAUAACAUCGACUUUUACCCUGAAAUCCAUGGAAAUAUGAAGUUUACUGUUUUGUUCUCCCUGAUAAAAGAUAGCAUAAUAACUAGUUGCCGGGUGACUGCAUAAAACACAGGCCCCAAAUGCAGCCGGUGAAGAGCAGUUAGCAAUUAAGUAAAGGAAAUGACUGGUGGGUUUGAAACUCAACACACUGCCCAUGUACUUGUUAGCGUAGGGAGGCCUCUGGGUUGCUCUGACAACUUUUAUCACUAAGGAAAUAGUUUUGGUGACUCAUGCUCGUACAGAACGACUUCUUUCAAAAUCUGUGUUUUCGGUGACCUUACCAUUAUGCUUCUGUUUUCCUUUUUCUUUGGACGGGGACAGAAAAAGCUUCAUUUGGAUGGCAUGGGUUUAUUACUCAGUAGCAUAUUAUUCGCUGGCUGGCUCAUGUUUUGAAAUUUAACGGACUCAGUGGUGAUCAGAGUAAAAGGUCAGUAGUUCUUGCAAUAUAUUGCUAUAUUAAAUGUAGAACUAAAGCCUAUUUUCUAAGCAGAAGUGUUAUAUCUUAUAUUAACAACAUCUCUUGUCGGUUACUUUUUUGUUAUUUAACGCAACACUGUUAUUCAAAAUACUGGUUGUACUUUUGGCAAGUAAACCAAAAUACUGAGGUACUUUGCACUGUAACCUAAAAUGCCAUAGUUGUCCCUCAAGGAGAUGAAAAACUGGACUUAAAGUCUCCACUGAGAGUCGUCUGGAGAUGAUAAUUAUGAAAAUAAAGGAACUUGAAGGAAACACCUUUGCCCGCUUCUUCUUUUAUGUUAACUGUCUACCUGAAAGAUGUUCCAACAGUAUUUAUUGACAAUUGAUAUUUCUCUGCAUUAAAAUAUAGUAAAGAAGUUGCAGAAGAAAUGAAUUAAUUCAAAGAGUUAUAGGCCGAUAAUGUGUUUGGAGAACGAUAUGGGAGAACUUCCUACAGGCAAAGAAAACCAGGAGCCAGGUGUCUUGCCUGGUAAUUUCUGUGGCUCCAACCUUCAGUGUGGUGAGCACAGGGCUUACCUGGGUCCUCAUUACAUCUUUUGUUCUAACCCCAGAAAUCGUGCUGGGAGUCUCAAAAUUUAGCUGUUUUCAUUUUGCUUUUAAUGCAGCCCUUUUCUGGUUUUAAUUUUGUGCCUGGAAAAGCCUGAAAAAGACAAUGAGUCAUGACAACCAUUUCUUUUCCCUCCAGAUAGGAGCCUUCAGCGUGAGGCGAGGGCACUGAGCACCAUUUGUGUGAUUCAUGAGGCUUAGUGCCUGGGCGCUUUUCCGCGGGGCCCCUUUAAGGGGACCCACUAGUCCAGGGGUUCUCAAAGUGUGGUACCCAGACCAGCAAUACCAGCCCAGCAUCACCUGGCGUUGGAAAGGCCAUCAGUCCCCACCCCAGAUGCACUGAAUCAGAACUUUGGAGCAGAGGCCCAACAAUCUGUUUUUUAAUAAGACUUCCAGAUGAUUCUGAGGAAGGCUGAGGUCUGAGAACCACUAUGCUAGUGAAUUCUUAAUAUUUGUGGCCAUGAAGAGCAUGAACAAUAUAGUGGCUGGAGAGGUAAUGGUUAUGACUCUUCAUUUAUGAGGAAAUGAAUAAUAAAUAGAAAAGAAUGUUUUCACUUUUAGAAUUCAAGACUAAAAAAUUAAAAAGCCUGGAAUUUAAUUAGGGGGACUGAUUGCUUGCAAGAACCUUGCUUUCUCAGGGAAGGGCAAUCUGAUGACUAGGGAACUGUGAAAUAUAUUGGCAUGGUUCUGAAAUUCUAGAAUAAACUCUCGUGAGAGAAGGCACGGCUUUCUAUAUUAGGACAUAAAUUCAACCCAGGUGUGUAAAAUCCUAGAAGACUCUCGUGUUCCAUUGGCUUUGCCAAUUCAUUUGCAUCUUGAGGCCACAGUUUCUAACUGAAAACCAUAUGCGUUGUUAAUUGCCACAAAUGAUCUCAUCAGAAUGAAGUCAGAGAUUCAGAAUUUGUAAGAGGAUGUGUGAAGUGUUUUGAUUAUUGAAAAAUGUGAAGCAUAAGCAUCAAGAAUGAUGAGUAGAGAUAUUGAUGGCAAAGAGGUGGUUUAGAAGUUGAUACAAAAAAGGAUUGAUAUUUCAACUUCCCUUUGACAUACACCUCCUUGACUGCUGGCUCUGUCGUGUAUUAGUUUUUGAUGUUAAGUAAAUCACGGUUUUUAAAAGGUCUUCAUCUUAGUUCCCUCAACAAAAAUGUAGCAUUUGUGAUCCCUACUCAGAGGAUUGCUGUGAGAAUAAAAUUAGAUUAAAAUAUGAAAAUGCAGUUUGUAAAGGUCAAACAUUACACAUUUUAGAUAUUGUUGUUAGGACUGUUGGUAUUUUGUGUCUGGGUUGGGAGGCUUUGUGAUUGUUGACAUAAUGACAUCCAGGAGUUUGGAAUAAGUGUGUAUGUCAGCAGAUUUUAUGAUUACAAAAAAUACCCAUGUUUACUUUUCUGUUAAUUCUCCUCUAGUGGAAUGUUUUCAUUUUCUCAUGAGACGAGAGAGAUCCGCAUAUGUUUUAUUAAGGAAAGCAAGCCUGAUAUUUUUUAUCCUUUGAACCGAGGGACUACAUUUCACUCAUUCUUGCGGGGAAAGAUGUCAGAUUCUGGGUAAAUUCACAGGUCGUGGAUAAGUCUCCAUUUCUUCCAAUGUAAAAGGAAGGUGUUGCUAAUACAGAAGCGUGUGAAGACGAAGUGAGAGAUGUAUAUAAAAUACAUAGUUGAGGGGUACAUGGUAAGCACUCGAUAAUGUGGGUUGUUAUUAGUGUUGUUAUUGUUACGAAACGAUAGCUUGAAGAGGGGCAGUGUGUCUGAAUAGUCGAGGGAAGGAGAAAAUAAGAAGACAAGGAGGCAGCUUGUGAAAUGGCCCGACCAUUUGGCACAUGAAAAUUCAGGUCGGAUGACUUUUCUGGUCACUUUUUUGAAAUCAAACAAUUCUCUGAUGGUUGCUCAUAGAGAAAAUUAAUAUAGUGAUUUAUAAUCUGCACGUCUACCUCAUAAUCAACAUUUCGGUUUUGCUUUAAAGUUCUGUUUCUUCCCUCUCCAGGCUUGAGUGUGCUAGAUACAAGGAAAAGGGAGUACUGAAUUUCUCUCUCCCCGUCCCCGCCUCUCUCUCUGUUUACCAAGUGUUUCUCCUCGUCCUUCUCUACCUUGCUGACUAAGGUCUCUUGCUGGUUAGGGUUAGGGCUCAUUGAGAAGAGGUGAAGGGGAAAAGAAAGUUCUUUCUUGACAACUAUUGUUGGUGAUCUAGAGUUUACACUGCUCCAUUGGGCAUGUGUUUGAAAUGGGCCCUUUUUCUAGAAGGUUUUUCUGCGGGAACUUCUCAUCGUUGGGCUGUCUUGCCCAAAGUGCCCUUGACAUGCACAGGUGCAUUCGUAUUUGUCUUCCACAGUCCCAAGAAGUCAUUCGGAAAUACACUCUGCUUCUUUUUGCUGUGGUAACUUCUUUCCAGGGGCUCAUCCUCCCUCAGAAUCUAAAACAGCAAGUACUCCCCUAUAUGGCUCAGAUCUGGUCCAAGGGAAAUACUUUACCUACCAGAACUCAGAGGAGGAUGAGAGCAGAGUUUUAAACUCCCAGGUGGUCCUGUGACGCUCUUUGCCUUGGACCUGAGGUGAGUAGCAAACAGCCCCAAAGAUCUUGUUGGCAGAAAGGUCAGUCCACACAGCACGCUGGCAACUUUCUCCGAAAACUUUCCUCUGCAACCAUCUCCAACUUGUUUAUACCUUCCACAUAGAUACAUAGCUGGUUGUAAGAAUUUGAUGUAACUCUUUGUGGAACCCUUCCUUUGCGUUGUACUGUUGUAUUUCACCUUGGCAGGUGGUUUCUACUGCUUUUGCUACUUUACAUGAAACUUGCUUUAACUCCUAUCAAAGGUAAAAAGGGAAAGGACCACUUUGGGGGUGCUCUCACUCCUCAAUCACCCCAGAAUUGUGGUCGCUGCCAGGGAGAAAAUGGUGUGUCCAUGCAAAUGUAAUUGGGAACCUCCUGCGUGCCCAAAUCACAACAUAAUUCCAAAGUUAAGCUUUAAAUGUGAGCAAGGGUUUUUUGUUUUUUUUUAGAUAUUCAUCUUUUCCUCAUAGGUAGCUUUUUGUUUUUUAAAGUGACUGAGUUACAGUACUCCUGUCUUACGUUAUUAACCCUUGAACUGACUUCUCCUAUUGUUUUGGGAGCUAAAAAUGUGUUUAAAAAUGGUGUUCAGCUGAAGUUAAAAAACUGCUAACUUUUAUCAGUUGUUAAAUACAAUUCCCACUUGUACUUAAAUAAACUCAUCUGGAGACAAACAAAAAAAUUUAUGUAUUGUGUUUGAAUUAUCUUUUUGCAUUGCAGGCAUAACUUUUUCUUUUUUAUCUUUUUUUUUAAAGUUUAUUUUGAGAGAGACAGAGAGAGUGUGAGUGGGGGAGGGGCAGAGAAAAAAGGAGACUCUGAAGCAGGCUCAGCACUGUCGGAGCAGAAGCCACGUGGGGCUCGAACUUGUGAAACUAUGAGAUCACGAUCUGAACUCAGGCCCCGAAUGUCUGUUUCUGUCUUGUGGUACUUCUGGGGGUGGGUGUCUUAGUACACUAAGAAAAUGAACCUGGACUUGGAAUGUCACAUAAGCCUCAUUUUUCCAUGUGUUUUUGUAGUGACCAGAUGCUAUUGUGAAAAUUAUAUGGACCUUUCAAAAUUUGCUGGGAAUUUGAAAAUUGGGUAUGAGAGCUGUAUUCCUGCACAAGUGGUGGCUGCCAUUGACGUAAACACUGUCGCUAAUGAAGUGUACGCGUACAAUUUUCCUCACACUCAGUUACUGGCCAAGACAAUUGAAAAUUGGCCUGCAAGGUGAUGUGACUGAUCCAAGGACAAAUAGCCUCUUACGUAUUCUAGAUAUUCUCCCAAGAUUACAAAAAUUACCGAAAUACAUUCUUUUAGAAAAUGUUAAAGGUUUUGAAGUAUCUUCUACAAGAGACCUGUUAAUACAAACAAUAGAAAAUUGCGGUUUUCAGUACCAAGAAUUUCUGUUAUCUCCAACCUCUCUCGGCAUUCCAAAUUCAAGGCUACGGUAUUUCCUCAUUGCAAAGCUUCAGUCAGAACCAUUGCCUUUUCAAGCUCCUGGUCAGGUGCUGAAGGAGUUCCCCAAACUUGAAUCUGAACAUCCAGAAAAAAAUACAAUAGUUGCAGAAAAUAAAAUUGAAAGAAAGAAAAUUGAACCAAAUAUUUGCUUUGAUAAUGGCAGACAAUGUUCUGGAAAAGAAGCCAUUCUUUUUAAGCUUGAAACUAUAGAAGAAAUUGACCGGAAACAUCAGCAGGACAGUGAUCUCUCUGUGCAAAUGCUAAAAGAUUUUCUUGAAGAUGACAUUGACAUGAAUCAGUAUUUUUUACCACCAAAGUCACUGUUGCGAUACGCUCUUUUGUUAGACAUUGUUAAGCCCACUUGCAGAAGGUCCACAUGCUUUACCAAAGGUUAUGGAAGCUACAUAGAAGGGACAGGAUCUGUGUUGCAGACCUCAGAGGACGUGCAGAUUGAGAAUGUCUACAAAUCCCUCACCAAUUUGUCACAAGAAGAAAAGAUAACAAAAUUAUCAAUGCUUAAACUUCGGUAUUUCACUCCUAAAGAAAUAGCAAAUCUCCUUGGAUUUCCUCCAGACUUCGGACUUCUAAGAACAUUUUACACUAAGAUGGUCAUCCUCUUCAAAAUCGUUUGCAACCAUGACCCAAACAAUUUCACUAUUUUUGUCUUGAUUUGUGAGUUUAUUCCUUUUUAAAUGUAUUUGUUCAGUAAAUAUGAACAUGUGCAGAGAACUUUUUUGGCUUCUGAUUCCCAAACUACUCAAAUAAAUUUGUUGUAGUCACCAGA